AUGUUUGGCACACCAGAGAUCCUCAAGACCGACAAUGGACCACCAUGGAACAGCGAACAGAUGAGAAACUUCGCAAGUCACCUCGGUUUCAAACACCGUAAAAUCAUUCCAUAUUGGCCCCAAGCAAACGGAGAGGCCGAACGGUUCAUGCGCACACUGGGGAAGACGCUGAAGACAGCAGCAAUUGAAGGAAAAGCGUGGAAACAAGAACUCAAUGCAAUGCUCCGUAACUACAGAGCAACGCCACACACAUCAACCGGCAAAGCACCAGCAAGCCUACUGUUCGGUAGAGAAAUCAAGAUCAAGCUACCCAACAUAAAACCCUUCGCAGCUAACAAAGAAGCGAUCCACAAGGACAACGCCACAAAAGCAAAGAUGAAGGAGUACACCGAUCAGAAGAGAAACGCAAGACCAAGCAACUUGCGCGUAGGUGACACCGUGUUAGUCCAGCAACCGAGACAAAACACUCUGACAGCUGCCUACGAUCACCAACCAUACCUGAUCACCCACAAGAAAGGAACGCUAGUCACUGCAAACCGGGAUGGAAAAGAAACAACAAGGCACACAACGAUGUUCAAGAAAAUUCCGACAACCAUCCCAAGAGAGACCGGAGCAGACACACGUGCAGACCAACGUCAACAAACAACUAAGACAACCAACUCCGACUACAUCACUAGAUCCGGGAGGACUGUGAAACCGCCGGAUAGACUAAAUCUGUAA